AAACAAGUCCGUGCGACGUGAAAGGAUCAUUACCUUCGGAAAAAGGCAAAUGUAUUUGAUUUCUACAGAAAAUAAACCACCGCACUGCUGAGGCAACAAUUUUAAGAAAGCUAUUCUUCCUCGGAAAGAAUGGCAUUGGAAGACCUCGGUGAAAAUAGACAUUAUACACAACCGUAAGUCAUUUUCUGUUUCCGCUGAUUGGUUGCAUGACUCAAAGAGCCCGCCUUCACUGGGUUACGAUUGGUCAUUUGGAAUACAAGGUGCACUGUAAUAGGUUCAUUUUUCAGUUCCGCCAUACAUUUUUUUCUCUUUAUUACUGUUUUGCGAUGUUCGGUAAAGAUCCUCAGUGAGCAAGUCUAGCUUACCACAACGCCUACGGUUCCAGGUUUGAGAUACGCUGACACGAUGGCGUCCGACUCCCCACGGCGACCCAGCCGUUGUGCCGGAGGGGUUGUAGUGCGAGCCCAAGCUGUCACGGAGCAGUCCUACAUGGAGAGCGUGGUUACUUUUCUGCAGGAUGUUGUUCCACAGGCUUACACCGGUGCCCCCCCGACAGAUGAAAAAGAGAAAAUCGUUUGGGUCAGAUUUGAGAAAGCCGAUAUUAACGAUGUGGCCCGCUCCCCGGAGUUCCUGGAGAAGCACGGCAGCGGGAGCGACCCGCCACUCUGCCUGAUGAUUGGCUACACGGAUGGGCUGCAGAUCUGGAGUGUGUCUCUGACUGGAGAAGCCCAGGAGCUGUUCUCUGUGAGGCACGGCCCGGUGCGGACGGCCCGGAUCCUACCAGCACCACACAUUGGUCCUCUGAAGGCUGACAGUUUCGCGGAGAAGAGGCCCCUUCUCGGCGUGUGCAAGAGCGCCGGCUCCUCUGGGACAAGCCCCCCCUACUGCUGUGCAGACCUGUACUCCCUGCGGACCGGUGAAAUGGUCAAAUCCAUCCAGUUCAAAACGCCUAUCUGUGACCUGCAGUGCAACAAAAGGAUCCUCGUUGUCGUCCUGCAAGAAAAGAUCGCCGCCUUCGACAGCUGCACUUUCACUAAAAAAUUCUUCGUCACAAGCUGCUACCCCUGCCCUGGACCCAACUUGAACCCUGUUGCCCUGGGGGGCCGCUGGCUGGCCUACGCGGAGAACAAGCUAAUCCGGUGCCACCAGUCACGCGGCGGGGCCUGCGGGGAUAACGCCCAGUCCUAUACCGCCACCGUCAUCAGCGCCGCCAAAACACUGAAGUCCGGCCUGACGAUGGUGGGCAAGGUGGUGACGCAGCUGGCUGGCACUUUGCCCACAGGGGUCGCAGAAGAGGAGACGGCCGCGCCCAGCGCCGCCCGCCGCAGCCCCCAUGUGUCCGGCGUCGUCACCAUCAUCGACACGCAUUCUGUCGGGGAGGGUCAGGUCCUGGUCAGCGAAGACGCUGACGGGGAGGGUGUGGUGGCUCAUUUUCCGGCCCAUGACAAACCCAUAUCCUGCAUGGCGUUCAACCCCAGCGGAAUGCUACUCGUCACUGCGGACACGCUGGGCCAUGACUUCCACGUCUUUCAGAUCCUGACUCACCCGUGGGCGUCCUCCCAGAGCACCGUCCACCACUUGUACACACUGCAUCGCGGCGAGACAGAGGCUAAGGUGCAGGACAUCAGCUUCAGCCACGACUGCCGCUGGGUGGCCAUCAGCACGCUGCGAGGCACCACGCACGUCUUCCCCAUCAACCCCUACGGCGGGCCGCCGUGCGCACGCACCCACAUGUCGCCGCGCGUCGUCAACCGCAUGAGCCGCUUCCAGAAGAGCGCCGGGCUGGAGGAGAUCGAGCAGGAGCUCAGCAGCAAGCAGAGCGGCCGCUGCAGCCCUGUGCCCGGCCUCUCCAGCAGCCCCUCAGGGUCGCCACUGCACGGAGUGCUCUUGGUCCCCUGGAUCAUGACAGGACCCUACCUCUUUGGUGCGGGAUGUUUUUCCAUUACAACUCCAUGCAAAGCCAAGCCAGCCCCACAGAUCUCCCCUAGCAAGUCGUCGGGGGGGGACUUCUGUGUGGCUGCCAUCUUCGCCCCGUCCCGCUCCUGGUUCCUCACCAACCCCAGCAUGAAGAGGGAGAAAGAUCAGUUGCGGCAGUCGGUGGUGGACUCCCUCUACAUCCUAAGUUGCUACGGUAACUUGAUGGAGCACGUGCUGGAGCCUCGGCCAAUCAGCACGGUGCCGAAGAUCAGCGACGAGACUCCUCUGGAGCUGAGCACCUGUCCCCGGGCCUGCUGGGCCCUGGCCAGGACACCGCAGUGGAACGAACUGCAGCCUCCAUUCAACAACAACCACCCGCUGGUUCUGGCGUCAGACCUGGUGCAGUACUACCAAUAUCUGAUGGUCGGCUUGGCCCCUCCUGCGAGCCCCGGGCCGAUGAUGCGGCAUGAAUCCUCCGACAGCUUGGCGUCCGACCACAGCGGCCAGGAGGACGAGGAGUGGCUGGCUCAGGUGGAGAUAGUGACCCACACGGGUCCUCACCGUCGACUCUGGAUGGGACCUCAGUUCCAGUUCAAGACCAUCCACCCGUCGGGUCAAACCACGGUCAUCUCCUCCAGCUCCUCGGUGCUGCAAUCCCAGGGCCCCAGUGACACGCAGCAGCCCCUCCUCGACUUUGACACGGACGACCUGGACCUGCACAGUCUCAGGAUCCAGCCCAUACGCUCUGAGCCCGUGAGCAUGCCUGGAUCCUCGCGCCUGGUGUCGGAUCGGCGGGGCCAAUCCACCGUGAUCGAUGCCGGAUCUGGGACCUUUGACCGCAGUGUGACCCUUCUGGAAGUUUGUGGGAGCUGGCCGGAGAGCUUCGGCCUGCGCCACCUGUCAUCCGUCGACACCACGGAAGAGGGUCUGCGAGAGCGCCUGGCGGACGCCAUGUCUGAGUCGCCCAGCCGGGACAUUGUGGGCUCUGGGACCGAGCUGCAGAGAGAGGGCAGCAUCGAGACCCUCAGCAACAGUUCCGGUUCCACCAGUGGAAGCAUCCCGCGCAACUUCGAGGGCUACCGCUCCCCGCUGCCCACCAACGAGAGCCAGCCGCUCAGCCUCUUCCCCUCGGGCUUCCCCUAGACCAGCCGGCCCGACCAGGAGGCCGCAGCACAACUCAUGGAGAAGUUCCCCAUCGCCAGACAAUCCUGACAUUUUGGGGCGACGGGAGGCGCCCCCCCCGCCACUGCGGCUGCCGCUCCUCCAGAACCCCCGCCCAGCCCCCCCACCCGAUCUUCCCACCGCACACUCACCCAGGAGCCUCUGAAAUUGCACAGCCGAUGACAGACUGUUACAGCAUCUCACGCCGCCUGGCCGCGGACCUUGACUCGUGUCAUAUCCUGCGUCUACCUUUGGUUCAUUUCCUUCAAUGUGUAAGAGUUCAUGCAGGUGUGGCUCUGCCCACGGUCUCCGAUAUGAAAUCCCAAUGUUUUUGUGGGGAGUGAACGCUGACUCAGGUUGGGGGUGGGGGGUGAUUUUUUUGUUGCACGUCCCUUAAGUUUUCUUGCAAGCACCUGGUUUGCCCCCCCAACUCUCCCCUUCCCACUUGUUUGCUGCCCCCUCGCAUCGGAUUGGUUCCCAUGCCAACCGGGGAGAAGUAUUCACUUAUCCCUGGGAAUGGAGCCCAGCAGUUUGUCCCCCAGUCCCCCAGUCCCCCCUCCCCCGAGUCUGCUGAGGUCUUGCUUGCAGUGAUUAGCGUGUCUCCGGAAGCACUCGGACCCAGGUAAGCUACUCCUGCAUACGACCCAAACCUGUUUCCGUUACUGUUCUGGCUAAAUUAACUUCCUCACUGGAUUUAGUAUUUCAUCACUUCCUGAGGCCUGUCCUUUACCUCACUCAUCCAUAAUAUGAUUUUGUGCACAUAAUGAAUAAUUUAAAACAUUAAAUUGUAUGUUUUAAGGUGUUGGAUUUAGCCUUUGCUUUCUAGUGUAACUGAUCCAGCAGUUCAGAUCCCCUGCAUGUAAAUUUGCCUCCCUUUUCAACUGAAUCCAUAGAUAUUAAUUAGUUGCACAUGUUUAAUUGGUGUAUUUGGUUUUUUAACCGGGUUCUUAGGUGGGUGGUGUUAAUUUAAUAAGGAGAAAAGGGACGUUCGGAUGCAGUCGGCUUAGCUGGAGAAAGUCAAUGCUGUCAGCCUAUGUCGGGUAUGGCUAUUUAGCUGAGGAUGCGUCACUAUAGGCCUUAAGGUACAGACUGUGUUCAAGGUAAAUACACGAGAGAUAUAAGUAGCUAGGUCUGGAGGGUGUGGCCUUCUUCUGGGAUGAGCCUGGGGGUGUGGCCUUCUUCCGGGAUGAGCCCUGGAGGGUGUGGCCCAAAACCCAGAGGGUACGUCCCAAAACUUUUAUUUGCAUCACCCUCCCUCGCUACCUUACCUUCGUCAUGGAGGUUUUUCCAAAUUCCAGAUUUCCCAAUACGAGUCAUUGAGGGCCAGUUUUCACUCAAAUCACCCCUUCACCGGGGUUAUGAGAAAGUCUGGUCGGGAGUUACCGAGAGAAGUUCACCCAUGCAUGAUGUGGCAUAAAGGCUACUACUUCAGUGAUGACUUCAUACGUAAAGGCGGAGCAUGGUAAGUCAUUGAGGAUGCAAGUCUGUCCCAAUAACGCUUUUUGUCUUUGCUACCUCCUGCUGGCCUCCUGCUGGGAGGAGCCUAAGAGUGUGGCCCACUUCUGGGAGGAGCCUGGAGGGUGUGGCCCACUUCUGGGAGGAGCCUAGGAGUGUGGCCCACUUCUGGGAGGAGCCUGGAGGGUGUGGCCCACUUCUGGGAGGAGCCUGGAGGGCGUGGCCUCCUGCUGGGUGGAGCCUGGGCGUGUGUUUAAUGUUUUGUCCUCAUCUGGCCCAACUGCUCCCUCGCGAACAUUUAACAGCUCGCUCUAGUGGUUUAAAGUCACAUUGCCAUCGGUAAUGUGGCUAUAUCUGAGGGAAGGGGUGUGUUUAAAAAUAAUGUGAGCCUCUGACAGUCGGACGGAACUGAAUGUGUGGGGACGGACGCCACUUCCUGUUUCCGCUUACGUACAAGCACAACCGUCACGAGUGACGCACCGUUAGCGAUGGGGACAGACGCGUCAUGACUGAUGAUUCAUUUUGUAUAAUACCAAGUGGUGGGUCUCAUUGUUUGCUAAAAAGACACCCCUGUAAUUAAACAUACAAAAAAAAUACAUUUC